AAUUUUAUCGACUUUAGUUUGCUCCACCAGAAUCAAAACAACCAUCACUGAGUUUCAGUAUUGAGCUUGUUUUUUUUUACUUUACUUUUUUCGCACAUGCGGUUUUUAAUGAAGAGACGGUUAUUGUUAAAUUGAUAUAAUACCUGAAAAACAGCACUUUUAAAAGGUAUGGCUACAACUUCGAUGAUAGAGCGCAAGGCCACUCUUAGACCGCCCGUCUACAACAGGCCCCGCAGACGCCGUGCAGACCAAAUACCCCUGCGAUGGGUCGCAUCCGGACUCACAUCUGGCAAGCUUCACAAGGACACAGAAUACAAAACCAAGUUCCACCAGAUGUCUCUGGACAGACUGCCGCCCAUUAAGCAGAAGGACGAAUUGGCCGGAUAUAAAAGUCUAGAUGCUUUCGAGAAGUUCUCACUGUACAAGUCAACUUACCCGCCCAUAGCAUCAAAUAGGCCCAAUUUUCCCCGGCCUCCGAACCAGUUCGAGCCCCCCGGCAAAGACAACAGUCGCAAACAGACUCCGAUGGCGUCAAUGUACAAGAAAGAGUUCGCACCCUUCCCCUCGUCUCUUCAGAGAUCCCAGCCUACUCCAAAUAAAACCACUUGGGAGCCAGAACCAGAUCCAGUGAGCCAGACUUACCCGAUGGUGUCUCUAUUCCACAAUGACUUCAAGGCCUUUUCUGGGACCGACUGUACACGAAGGCCGAUCAAAAAUGACGACGGUGGAUGGCAACUGCCCCACUACCCUUUGGAGGGGAAGAGCACCAGUGCCGACGCGUACAGUUGGAAGUACAUGCCAAUGGCCCAGUCUUACAAACCAACAACUGUUUACAAUCCAGAUGAUUCAAACAAGUUCUCGGCCAUGUCUGAACAGAAACAAUCAUAUAUCCCAUAUAGUCAAGAAACAUACAUCGAAUCGCUGACAGAAGGCGACAAUAUCGACUUCAAAGACGGCAGAACUAGUCGUUUCAUCAGGCCCCGCCCACCUCCUGAAGGUCCAAGUGUCGACAAUCUCUACGGCAGCGGGCCAAUCAGAAAAGGAAACGUCACGUUUGAAGACAUUUCAGCUUCUAACCAAUCAGAUUUGAGAAAAGGACAUCAGAACUCGGCGCCAUUGCCUCCGAUUGCAGCGAGUUCCAAAAGCGAAAAGAAAAAUUCUGAUGAAAAAAUUAGGUCUUCUGGGAAUAAUGAAGACGGAAAUGUGGGAAAUACUUCUGUUAAAAUUGAAGGCGUAUCAAGCGAACAAAAUAAUCGGGAGGUUCAAAAGGUGAUUGACAGUUACAGACAAUCACUCUAUUCUACUACAUACAAAAGUGAUUACUAAAUUAGGUUGAGCUGUCAUUGUCAGAAAUUGUUAAAGUUAUGGAAAGUUUACCAA